CUUGACCCACGCCAAUAUUCCUCAUAGAAACAAGAAAAGAAGGAGCCAUAUUAGCAUAAGCAUGGCAUUUUGUGCAUAUGGGGAUUGGUGGGUUCAUGAUCAUGAAAGCAAUCUCUACAUAUGCAAUUGAUAACAUAUCACUCAACUUGCAUCCUAUGCAGAUCCAAAUCUCAUAAUUUAUUCUUUUCUCUAUAAGUAGUAAGUGCUACAUGUACCUGCCGUUCCAGAUCUGCAUCAUAUCUUUCCACAACAUCUUCGUCUCUAGCAAUUCCUAGUUUUCUUGUUCAAAUUGCUGAGGAAAGGGUUCUGUCCAUUUUUUGAUUGUUUGUUUGUUUUGGUCACGGGGAUAUCUAGAUUCUCUACUGCUUCGAAUUUCAAAUGCUAUAGUAUUGUACCUCACGAUACAGUACAGACAUGGCCAUGUAUUCUGGUUUUUCUUGUUCCAGCCUUAGUGGAAGAAUGACCUCUAUCGAUUUGUUUGGAAGAUCCAUCAGUAAAUUUUAGCUAGGUUUGUUGAAUCAAGCACGACAUGACUAUUUAAUCGAUGCUUCAAACAUUUUGAUCGAGGUUAAUUUGGAGUAUCCGAAUCUUACUGGAGAUUUUUUUUCUUUUUUUAAUCCUGAUCGAUGGCUUCUCCCGGUUUUUUUCUGAUCUGUCUUCUGCACUCUGCGAUAGCCCUAACCUGCGGAUCACUCAUGAUUUUCUUCUCCGAGGAGAUCUCGGAGUUCAGCCACGGCAGCGAGACAGCGAAAAAGCUUCAAGGAUCAACGCCUCACGAUCAAUUGCUAGUUCGAACUUCCGAUUCGUUCUCCGGAUUACUCCUGUUCACUAUCGGAUUCAUGCUAUUCAUGGUGGCUUUUGCGAAGGACAGAGAGUUUCAGAGCUUCUUCGCAAAAGGAUGCAUCGCUGUUCACAUUUCCAUGGCGGUAUGGAGAUUUGGAUUCUUGAGGAAGGUUGAAGAUCUGGCCCGUGACUGGCCCAGACAAGCCAUCGGAGACCUGGCAUUGGCAGUUUCGUGGGUCUUCUUUCUUGUGUAUUCAUGGAGAGAGAAGUAUGAUUAGUCCUCAUAGGACUGAUUUACACAGUACAGAACUCUGUCUCAUACAAAAAUGGCAAACACUUCCCCUACACAUGACAAAGCCAUGGUUGUUCAGUGUAAUUUACAGAGACAUUGGUACAAAAUGUUCAUGCUUUAUGAGUUUCAUAAUACAUAUCUUACUGACAGUGGACA